UUAGCGCAUCAUUUUUUAACUCAGCAUAAUUAUAAUACUAUAUAAAACUUGUUGACAUUCGUCGAGGUGAUUUUAUUCAUUUGCCGAGUAUCGUAAAUUCCUGAUAAGGAUCAUAAUCUUUAUCCUCACAAUUUCAAUUGUCACCUAAAAUUUAAUUGCGUCAAAAAUUAUCCUAGCGCAGAUUUCAAAUUUUCGAAUAAAGUGCAAAAUAUUGGUGUUCAAAUAAUUAUCAGCGUUACUACGACUCGUCAUCGGACGACCCGAGUAAAUAGAAAUGUUGGAAAAAUCAUUCUUAUGCUUUCCAUGCAAAACUCACUGUGUUCGAAAUUUCAAUCGGCACCGAGCGUGAUCUAUUUGCAUUGCGAAAAUCAUCCAUAAUGAAUCAACUAAACCACUGUCGAAUCUUGGUUGUGCAGCUUCGCCAGAAGUCGCUUAACGGAGGGUGUUCCUUCCGGUCGAAGGCGACACCCUCGUCACUAUCAAAAUCAGCUCGCGGAAUCGUGCGGGGAGAUCUACGGCUCUGACAAAUAAAUCGACGAAUCGCAGCGAGAUCAAUUCGUCGCCGUUUAAGGGGAUUCGUCAUUUUUUUGUGAGCCGAAAAGUGCAACAUCGCGUGGAUGAUGGAUGGAUGUGCAUCCGUGAGUUCUAUCCGAACUCCUCGGAGCUAGCUAGCCGAAGAAUCGGAUCGCAAGCCAACGAUAUGUGACGUGCCCCGAUCUCUACACGCUUUUGUCUGAUUAUAAUUUACAUCGUAUAAUAACCGAGUCAAGGUUAAGAAUACUUGACGAUGGUUGAUAGCGACUCUGACAGAUGGUACGAUUGGAAACGAGAUGGUUUUAUCGAAACGCUCAAUGGUCCUAACGUUAACGCCUCGAACGAGCUGCGGCUGGCUGGUCAGAGGGACAGUCCCCUCAACAAUGGGCUGAUUCAACGUACCGCGACUCCUCCGAGCUCUAGAUCCAGCGCGGAAGUCCGAUUUAUAAAUCCAGCGAUUUACGCCGAGACCUUGAACCACGAAGAUGAGGAACGCGAGAUAGAGAUUCGCGUGAAGGUCAGCUCGAAAGAUAACGGGGCCCUGGCGGAAGGUAAUUUCGGCGAUUCUCCGGAAAUGAGCGACAUAAUGUCCACGUUGUCCAUCAAGAAUGAUUUAGCGACAUCGUUCGAGGAGCACGCCGGCGAUCAAGCUUCGAUCCAGGACACGUAUCGUUGUUACUCGUUAAAUUCACCGGGCCCAUCCCUGGAUAAUGGCCCUUCGCGAUCCAAGUCUGUUGUCUCCUGUAGACCCUCCAACAGAGUUGAGAGAAGGUGCAGAAUCGUUGGCAGAGCGGACGGAAACGACGAGCUUUGCUCCGCCAGAUUGCUCGAUUCGGAAGUGCAGAGGUUCACUCUGAAUGGCCACCGAGUCGUGCAAGUAUCUACAGCGUCGUUGUCCAGCAUCAGCGUUUUGGAGGCCAGAUCGGUGAAGGACGAUCCGCUGAGGAAGAUUCCGUACAGCGAGUGGAUGCGGAGGAAGCAGCAGGCGGCGCGACAAAAGAAAGAGGAGGACGACGAGGCCGAGAGGAAAAGGCAGAUGGACGCGGAGAGGCUGGCUCGCGAGAAGGAGGAACGGGAAGCACGGGAACGCGAGAAUUUUCUCCGGUGGACCGAAAGGAAGAGGAAAGAGGAGGAGAGGAAGAAACGGAUGGCGGCUAAGGAGCUGGAUAUGCAGAAGAAGUUGAAGGAGUUCGAGGACAAGAGCGUCGUGAUGAAGACCCUCUGUCUUCGCCAGUGGGAGCACAAGAAGAAGGAGGAGGAGAAAGGUAUAGAAGACUGGACACGCAUUGAUUCGCAUAAAACGCGUGACUCCGAUGUUCGUGUAGCUCGUCAGAAGAGAGAGGCGAUCAAGCAGAAGCAGAUUGACGAGGAGAAGAAGAAAAGGCUGGAGGAGAGCACGAAGGCUUACGAAGUCUGGCGGAAGAACGCGCGGAACAAGCCUAAGCCUGCUACACAGGGACUUUUGCCUCAUCAGAAGGCGAAGCCGUCGUACGUGAACCCGACGCCCUGGCAGGGAAUCGUCGACGAGCCCGAGGUGGACGAGGCGGGCACGUCGAACGGCAGGAUGACGCACAACCAGCUGGCCAAGAAUAGCAGUAAAAAGAGUAGCACGUAUUACCAGUGAUGUGGACGUCAACGAGAGAUGAGAAUCCGAGGACUCUGUGGCUCGAAGAUCAGUCAGGGCAAGGUAGAAUCUCGGAGAAGUAUCUCGCGGACGAAACGGUGGCGAACGAUUAAAUGUUCCGUUUCGGGUUCCAGACUCGUGGCUGUGUUAGGGGCCAGAACGAUCCUUGCACGGGUCACGUCGUUAGAACGAUGACUUGUAUAGUAGCUAUCCCGAUAAAUAAUCUUACUUUCGUAGCAGAUACACUUUGUACGCUACACAACCUUCGCCUAGACUUCGUUUUGUUUGUUCUUUACCGUGAAUCAACGAGCAGUCUACGUACCCGAAGACGACCGAGGAUCUGCGACCAUUGUGUUGACGACGUGAAGAGAGUGGAUUGACGAGGAUCAGAACGCGAAGCUAUUACAUUCAAAGGACACGUGUAUACGCAAGAAAUAUCCUCUUUUUUGUUUCGUUUAUUUAGUAUUUCUAUCGCUAACACUGUAUCAUAUAUAUACAUUAUGCGACGUCGGUACGUUAUACAAAACCAUCGUCUCUUUAUCCUUUUUGUUUAUCUCUUUUUUUUUACACGGGGUUACGGAUAGUAGCUUCUAGCCGUUCGUUGUACCAGACGUGUCUUGAGAAACGAAGUCCAAUAGUAGUCGUAAUACACAGAAUAAAGUGGCACAUUGUCGUAUUCAUGCGUCUCCCUGUUAACUGACCUAGAAUAUUCGUUCGAUCGGAACUGCACGUUCAAGCAAAAUGACCGAAACGCGGGUCAGCAUCGUCCGGCCGCGUCUACUUCAGCAGACGUUCCUCUUCUUCUUGAAGCCUCUCGAUCUCGGACUUGUUCAUGAAGUAGUAGGAAGGUUGUCGUGAUUUCUGAUACGAAAAUUAUUAUGGUUAUUUCGUUAGUGUCGUCUCACGGCCGAGAGAACAGCGAUCAAAUUAAUUACCAGAUCUUUGAUGGUGCGUUUUGCACCCGCCUUGGUCAGAAUGUUGCUCAACUGUUCGACCGAUUCCAGGCCCAUUGCGUAAUGUAAAGCGGUUCUCUCCAACUGGAAAACAGAGAACGCUUUUCUCAAAUAUGCACCGAGUUUUUAAGGAACGAUAGCAAUGCUUUUUAUAACAUCUAUGAUUUCCAUCGACAUUGUGUUUUACUACUUCGAAUGCAUAAAAUUCGCAGUUUGCAUGCGACCCUUCAAAAUCUUUGCGUAAUCACGAUGUUACGGUUCGUGAAAAUGGCGUCAAAUAUUUCGAAUGAAUUGUACUACUAUACCAAAUGUGGGAAAAACGUGAAUCUAUAAGAAUAAAACGUGUGUGUACUGUUUCAAUUCAA